AUGGGAUUCAGCCUUACUACCCCAGAACACGCUCAGCUAUCACGCUACUUGUCAAGUGGGGCAUACUUUCGUGCAAACAUUGAGCAUAACAGGCUCUGGCAUGAGCCGGUAGUAGAGAUCUACGCGAAUGCCAUCUCGCCGGGAGUUUCCUGUUCAGCCCGAGCCUACGAUCUCGCCAACCGACGGUGGUACGAGCUGAACGUUAGCGAUGCAGCACCGUCGUCCAAUGAGGACAGGAAUGACGAGGACAGUGGACGAUCCGCCACAAGAACAUUCCAGGUUCCUGACGACGACUGGCUGAGCUCAACGGUCGUAAAGCAUAUCAGUGACUGCUACAACUCCACAGGCUCGCCUCCGACCUGGAACAUAAUCAACACGACCUCGAUUGGCUUGCCCGCCACUUUUGAACAAGGGAAAGAAAAUCAUUGUGUCGGCAUUCCGAUUUCUGAGCGAUUCUUCUACGGGCAUAAAUCAUCAGACCAAUUGCCGACGAUACAUUCCCAGGACCUGAGAAACAAGAAAUAUCUCAGCAGAGGCGCAGAUUACUGCGACUGA